AUGCAGAUACGAACAUAUACAAUGAGUGGACCAGUUAAAAUAGUUAAAACAAAAUUAUUUAUUGGUAAUCUUGAUCCAUCAACACAGCCAGAGGAAUUAAAUGAAUUAUGUUCACCAUUUGGUACUGUACUUGAAGCAUCCGUUAUUAAAGAUUAUGGUUUUGUGCAUUAUGGUUCAAUAGAAGAAGCUGAAAAAGCAGCGAAUGCAUUAAAUAAUAAAGAUUUUCAUGGUAAACGAUUACGUGUUGAACUUUCAACAAGUACAGUACGGCAUCGACCUGGUCAACCAGAACCUGCUAGCGCUUUACGACAUAGUUCUCGUGCUCGUACUACAGCAAGAGGCAAUUAUAAUGGUGUAUCUCGAUAUCAUUCAGGUACAUCAGGCGGUGGUGGUGGAGGUGGUCCAGUACGUCAUACUGCAUCAUCUUGGGCUCGCAAUGAAUCUCGUCCUUAUAGCAAUAUUCCACUUAAUCAUGGUACAUAUGAUCGAUCUCGUCCUUAUGACAUUCGAUCAGAUUCACGACGUUAUUAUGAUGAACGACGUGAUAAUGGUUAUGGUACUGAAUAUGGUGAACCAGCUUAUCUCAAUAUAAGUAGCGGUGGACAAGAAGGAGCACGUCACUAUCGUGAUCUACCUGCACAUAUUCGUGCAGAUGAAUAUGAUCCGAGUCGAUCUUAUGAUCGUCAUUUAAGUACAUCAGCUAUUGAUCCAUAUUAUAGUAGUGGUAUACCUCACGAACCUCCACCGCCACCACCACCCGCCGCAAUAGAUCCUUAUCAGAAUUAUGAUCCCUACCAAAAACAUUAUGCUAGUCGACCACGUGAUCCGGGAUAUCCCGAUCAACGUGAUUAUGAUGUUUAUUCAAAUUAUCGUAAUGGCUCAUAUGGAAUAACGAGUAGUCAAGGACAAUUUCGACAUGAUUUACCUGUCAAUUUACAACAACAACAACAACAACCACCACAGGGUGUUUAUCCACCAUCGCAUCGACAACAUCAUUCAUAUGCAAGUGGAUCAUCUAAUCUUGGUCAAUAUUAUGGUGCUCAGCAACGUUAA